AUGAACGAACGCGGCCUACACCUUUUCGAGUUUAAUUCUGGAAGUUGUUCAGUUUUGGGUGUUGCUUGGUCUUUGAAAGUUGGUUUGCCUGUGGUGGAACGUAAGAAGGUUGGUACCGAAGAUCCAGCAUGCCCUGCCCGGCGCCAUUUUACCCCCAGCAGUGUCCGAUUCUUUCUCUUCUUCCCUCGUGUUCAAAAUGAAAGUUCGUGGAGAGGUAACCAACAUUAAAAUUUACCGGUUUUUCGAACCCUUUCAGUGCUGAAAUACAGAUUACAACAUUUAUAGCAAAGCGUAGCCCUAUUGCUUCCCAAGUAUAAGCUGUAUUUCGUUUCUUGUCUUGUCUGUUUCUGUUUUAUCGAACCGGGAGUUGUGUUUUAACAUGGCUACAUCUACCACGCAAGGCUGGGAUAUUUUGUCUUAUUUUCGUUAUUUACUGGUGUUACACCAUUGGAAUUUCUGGCAUAGGGUCUUGCUUUGAUUCUAAAUUCGGUUAAAUUGCAGUGGCUACAAAAUAGAGAUCACAGGCUUAGUUUACUCUCCAUGACGAAUGAUUUAGAUGGAAGCUUUUUACCAAUUUCAAGAAACUUAAGUAAAUUUAGUCGGAUUCUGUGUAACUGAGUUAUUUCGACUUAAGCUGUGCAUUGUAGAUUUGGGUAAAGUAACUAAAAUAACAGGAUUUCAAUAUGACUGGAAAUCUAGCUAUAACCUUCUUAUAGAGGUGCAUUAGAUUGUUUUGAAUGGUAAAUGUUAGUCUGUGGUUUUUGUGAACUGUUUUAAAGUAGAUAGUGGAGUAAUUUUCGAAUGUGCUGACAUUUAAAGCUGUUCUGUAGGUAGAACAAGGGAUAUAAUAAGUAAAGAAUCAAUAAUUGACAAUAUUAUAACUAGUGCCUGUGUAUUCUGUUUAAUUAUUUUAAUUGAGUCAAGACAAAAGUUGUCAAGCUAAGGCCUGGUUCAGACACUGAACUUUUCAUGAGCGGAACCUAAUUCGCAUUAAGGCUGACCCAUAUUAUUUAAACUGCCUAAAUUGAUUCAGAUGCUGAGAAUAAUUCCAGCCACGCCGAUAAUAAUUCCAGCCGAACUAAAUUCAAAAGGACAAAAAUGGUCAUUUUGGUCAAAUUGCUUGCAAAAUACAUUAUUAUAAUUUAUGCAUUAGGUUUUUGGUACAUGAAAAGUUUGGUGUCUAAAUCAAAGACAUUCCAAAGUUGUUCCACAGUCGAAAUUCCCGACUGGGCUAGGCGUAAAAAAACGGCUCAGCCGUUCCAAAUUAAAAUAGGUGUUCCUAAUUGAUUCAGAUGCCAAACGUUUCAUGUACUUAAUGCAAUGUAUUAGGUUCAGCUCAUGAAAAGAGUGGCGUCUGAACCGGGCCUAAAAGCAUGAAGCUAAGAUUUUGCACAUGAAAGUUGCAUAUGGCACUAUCCUGGCUUCUGGUGUCUUGUCCUAGGGCUGUAGGAGAAUUAUACAAAUAUUGUCUAUUGUAUGCUAUGAAACGGUAUGAUCUUGGUCUCAAUUUUCUGAUCCAGAGGUAAUUGCUGAAUUUCUAGUUUCAGUCUGUUUCCUGUAUGGGAAAGAAAAACUGAUCGGGAUUUUCUUGUUUUGUGUACAGUUUUGACACUCCUCUGACCAAGAUGAGUUUUACCUCCAAUUGUUUUGUCAAUUAUUGCAUAAAUUUGAGAUGGGGAAAACUCAACCCUUGUCAGAUUUACGGAGAAGUAUAUUACACAAAGCUUUCCGUUUCGAGUUAAAAAAAUUGCUGUUGUGGGAGGUAGAAUUUACUUUCUUAUCUACUGUGUCUUUUUUUCUCUUUUUUUUUCAGCUGAAAGAAUUUGAAAUCAUUGGCAGGGCUCUGCCAACAGAGAAGAACUCUUCUCCUCCACUCUACAAAAUGAGGAUUUUUGCCCCUGAUGAGGUCAUAGGCAAAUCAAAGUACUGGUACUUUGUUUCCAGACUUAAGAAGAUCAAGAAGUCAACUGGAGAAAUUGUUUCCUGUAGACGGGUUUGUAUUAUUCACACAAACUCCUUAAACUACAUGGGCAGAACCUGGAAUUUUUUAUUUGGGGGGAUCCAAACUUUGGUUCAGAAAAGACUGUUGAACUUUUUUGUGGCAAUUUACUUCUCACAGGGACGACCACGGGUUUUUUAAUCUGUGAUCAUCCAUCACCUUUGGGUGGGAAAUACUGCUUUGCAAGCAGAGGCAAACAGAUCAUAGGAGGGUACCCAAAAACAAUUACAUUUUUUGAUAUCCCUGGAAUUUAGUUUAGUGGGAAAAUGCAACACACAUUUCAUUAAAUAAAAUCAACCAGGUAAAAGGUGAUAUAUGAUCCUGUCAAUGUCAGUCUCAAACAAGUGUGAUGUCUGAUAGGGCGGAGGGGUGGGGUGCUGGACCCCCUGGACCCCCCCCUGGAUCCGCCGCUGAACUACUAACUUAAUGGGUCAAGUGAGGGCUUAAGCCAUUGUGUAAAGUCUGUAUAUUUUGUUGUAUUCCAAGCUUUGGCAGAUGCACAGCAUCAUCAGAAAAUGAUGAUUCUCUGAUUAAAUACCUUUCAUUAAGAAAGUGGUUUUAGUUUGAUAAGAUCAUGAUUACUAUUUAAAACAGAAUUCCUUGAAAAUGUCCAAAGUUAUACAAUCUGUGUUUUUAAACACGAAACUUGAUAGUGGACAUCCAUAAUUUAUUAUUGACAGUUGUCAAAAAGGCUGACCAGUGUCACAUGACUGUAUCACAGGCUCAAGGGUACAAGUCAUUGAGGUGACAUGUUUUUUUAAAGCUAUCCGCUGGCUAGUUAUUGGUUUUUAAUUGAUCACUGGCUCAGAUAGAAACUGUGUCUUUGAUCAAAUCCAUCGCCAGGUUGGUUUCUGUUCAGUGAAGGCAGCCUCAAAUGACCUCUUUUGUGGGGAUGUUGAAAAUUGCUUCCAGUGUUUUUAUCCAAUUCGUUUAAAGAACAGUGCUAAGCAGACCAUAUAAUAAAUAACUUAUUAACCUUGUCUGUUCGGUCAUUACAAGGAAAUCUCAGACCUUGGCCUUGAUGUAUUGACCUCACUAUCACUCAGCCAAUACAUCAAGGCACUAAAAAGAGCUCUCAGAUCAGUCAGCUUAUGCUUGUUUCUCUCUGUGACAUAGAUUUAUGAGAAGAAGCCCCUACAGAUCAAGAACUUUGGUGUGUGGUUGCGUUAUGACUCUCGCAGUGGUACCCACAAUAUGUACAGGGAAUAUCGUGACCUGACUGUGGCUUCUGCGGUUACUUCCUGCUGUUAGUAUCAGCUUUCUAAGUUUACAGUGGUACCUCCAUUAACCUCUCUUACAACAGCCAGUUCUGUACAAUGGCCAUUUCUCUGGCCACUUUCUUCUGUCCCCAAGGUGGCCAUUGUGGAGAGGUUCAUUUCUAUAUUGAAAUGUCCAAUUGUUGGAGUGAAUUUACCUUGUGCAACUCACCGUGUGGCACAAAAUUUUUCCGGGAGUUUAUUUUUGCAGAUUGGCGAUUUUUGGUGUUUUGCGUGAACUACUUUUUGUGAUUAGGACAGAUUGGUUUUUCUUGCUGGGAAUUAAUUUUUGCGAUUUUCAGAAAGUAGCCAGUACCCGGUAUUGAUAAUAUUUUCGUUUUUGUUAAUUAUGUGCAAUGGAAAUACAUAUUUUCAAAUAAUACUACGGUAUGGAUACCCUAUGUAAAACCAGUAAUUCAUUGUAUACCGUUUUGUUUCUGAAUGAAAGAGGCAACUUGUAAUUAAACAUACAUGAUUUCUUAUUACUGUAUUUUUGUGUGGCGAAUUGAAGUUCAUUUAAGUUUACUCUGAAGUAUAUUUUUGUGGGAAAAAUGUUUGCGUUAAUUUUUAUCUUUGCGGGAACUUUUUUUUGCAGAUCGCUGGAGAAAUCGCAAAAAUUAGAACCCGCUAAAAUUUCGUGCCACACGGUAUUUCCUUAAACGUUUAAAAAUUGUCACCUUCCUGAGUGGCACGCUUUAGCAUGGAUUUCGAGUCCCACAAUGCCAACCAAAUUCUUUCAUAAGGGGAAAAAAAUGGUCGCAAUGGUGGACAUCCAAACAACUUUGUUUGUUACAGAAAAGUGGCUCUUGUUCCCAAAAUAUUUCAUAUUCCUUAAGUCUACUGUUAGCAACUUAUGGUGUAGUAGCUUUUUAGAAUUGGCAGCCACUUUGAAAUAUUUUAGUUGCCAAGUGGCUGUUGGAAAAAAACAUUAAUUUCAUGCCCAGUUAGGGAGGAUGGGGAAGAAUUUUGUGCCCGGGUUUUGAGCCUUAGAGUGACAUCAACAAGAGUUGCUGCACCUGACAAGUUCUUGAAUACCAGGUUGGUUUAGUCUAGGUUAAUACCAGAGGAGAUUUUUGUGGAGUCAUAAAUGUUUUCCGAUUUUAGGGUAUUCACAGUCAUUUAACCACAUCUGAAAAUCAAAGGACAUACAAAUCGGAUACAGAGCUUUUACUUCAAAAUCUCCAGGCACACAACCAAACUAGGACAUUUCUAGUUUGGAUUAGCACUUCUGCAUGUAAUCUACAAAAUGGAUGCAACAUCAAAAUGUUCCAGAUUUUCCACCAAUCUGGAAAAUCUCCUCCAGUCUAAUCCUAGCUUUGGAAAGAGGUCAUACUCCAAUGUUCUGUGGUCACAAGGUUGGGGGGUUGUGUACAGUUCUGAGAACUGUCUGGAAAAACAACAUGAGUAAGCUCUUAUUUAUGUGUAAAAGACUGGUUGAUUUUUGUUUCCAGACCGGGAUAUGGCUGCCAGGCAUCGUGCACGAGGCUCAAGUAUUCAGAUCAUGAAAGUUGAUGUUAUUCCAGCCAACAAGUGCCGAAGGCCACAUGUCAAACAGCUUCAUGUAAGCUAUUUUUUUAAAAUUUUUGUUAACAAUUUCAGCAAUGAUUCAAAUGCACCAAUCAUCAACAGUUGGCAGGGUGCUGUUUGGUAAGGCAGGUCUCUUAGUAUGAUCCAGUAUGUUCAGAUACCUGUUUCGAAUCAGCCACUUCUGUGCUUUGAAGGUCAAUUGAACUAUUAUCAUGCUGUAUUAUACUACAGAGGUCUUAAAUCACUACCUUUAAAUUAGCUUACUUGACAUCUUUAUGUACACUUUAUGAAAAGUUAUUGAAAUGCCUGAAAAUUAUGGCACAUCGCUAGUUGUUAACAUCAUCCAAUAAACAGCAGCAUUAAGCAGACAAGAUUGGGGUUGUCAGGCUGUGUUGUCAAAGUAAGCUGCCAGUCCAGAGAUAUUUUAUUCAAAAAAUGCCAUCUGUAAAGAAAUGCCAAGCAGAGUAGCUGGCCAAUACUAAUGAAGUAGGUGGCGAUUUUCGCCGGCAGCCGGCUACUUUUGACAACCCUGCAAGAUGUUAUUCCCACAAACUUUAGGAGUGAACACUCGGGUUGUUCUGUUUCUUGGGUCACGAAGAGAAUAAAAAUUACUAAGCGUUAACUAGGCAUUUUACCGUUACAGGGGUAGUUUGGUAUGUGUACAUUAAAGUAUGAUUUUGGGAAUAUGCUUGACCACAUGUUUGAGAUUGAUGCCUGUUUGUUACAUUUGUUUUUGUUUCACAGAAUUCCAAGAUAAAGUUUCCUCUGCCCCACCGUGUCAUCAAGUCGCACUUCAAAUCUAAGUUUGUGGCUAAGCGUCCCAACACCUUCUAUUAA